ACGCCAGGACGCUGGACACUAUUUCAGAUAGCGACUGGAAUAAGCCUACUUUUUUUUAUUGUUGUUUAGGUACGCGGUUGAGCUGUGGUUAAUUUAAGAUGCAAAAAUAUGAAAAACUUGAGAAAAUUGGAGAAGGAACUUAUGGUACAGUAUUCAAAGCGAAAAACAAAGAAACACAGGAGAUUGUUGCCCUCAAAAGGGUUCGUCUUGAUGAUGACGAUGAGGGCGUACCCAGUUCAGCAUUGAGAGAAAUAUGUCUCUUAAAGGAAUUAAAACACAAGAAUAUUGUCCGUCUUCAUGAUGUUCUACACAGUGAAAAGCGGUUGACGUUAGUCUUUGAAUACUGUGACCAAGACUUGAAGAAGUAUUUUGAUGCCUGUAAUGGUGAGAUUGAUCAAGAUGUUGUUAAGGCAUUUAUGUACCAGUUACUACGUGGCCUAGCUUUUUGCCAUAGUAACAACGUCCUCCACCGUGAUUUAAAACCACAGAAUCUACUUAUCAAUACGAAUGGUGACUUGAAGCUGGCUGAUUUUGGUCUUGCCCGUGCAUUUGGAAUCCCAGUCAGGUGCUAUUCUGCAGAGGUCGUGACCCUCUGGUACCGACCCCCAGAUGUUCUUUUUGGUGCUAAAAUUUACACAACUUCAAUUGAUAUGUGGUCAGCAGGAUGUAUAUUUGCAGAAAUGGGUAAUGCGGGACGACCGCUAUUUCCCGGCAAUGAUGUAGAGGAUCAGCUCAAGCGUAUCUUUAAACUUCUCGGAACGCCUACGGAAGAAACAUGGCCGGGCGUUUCUAAACAUCCAGAUUAUAAGCCCUUUCCAAUAUACCCGAUGUCCAUGUCAUUAGCAAAUGUUGUACCCAACCUCAGCUCCAAAGGUCGUGACCUGCUUCAACAUCUCCUGAUCUGCAACCCCAAUUUACGAAUGUCUGCAGAAGAUGGACUUCAACAUAGUUACUUUUCUGAUGUCAGUCCUGCCGUCAAAGCUUGAAGGGUGUCUGUGAUUAUCGCACGUCAUGGAGGUCUUCUACAAUUGUUGGUUGUAAUUAUAUACAGAGAUGUUGUGUCCCUCAUUGCUUUCUGUAUUUAAGGUCACUGUGAAGUUAGCAGUUACAAUUCCUGUAAGGUAUUUGUUUAUCUCUCACCGUGUAGUUGAAUGUGUUGCUUGGAGUUCCUAAAUGUACUGCAUCUUUGUGUUAGAGGGUAAGCAAUAAGCUGCUUACAUGAUGAGAGGAGUGUUCUUGGUGAAACAAUCUGAACAACUGUAGUUGACCAGCAAACCUAAACCAAGAGAGGGAGUGCAUAUGGAUGGCAGUACUUUGUAGCCUAGGUGGUAGUGCGUCAUAACCGCACACCAACAGUUGUGUGUUUACAUUUAUCUAGAAUUAAAUUGUUAACAAUUUAUAUCAAAAACAUGCAUGCCAAUCCAAGAUCACUUAAAGUAAGAGUUCAAUCUUUCACCUCUGCAUGGAAAUGUAAACUAAUAGUUACAAGUCUCCCUCUAAUUGUGGAACCUCCAAAAUAGACACCUCCAUUUAAACACCACUUUGCUUUAGCACCAGAUAAAUGUAAUUUUUUAUCUAUAAAAUCAUAAUUAUUUUUCUAGAAAUUAAAGCUGCUCAAAAGCGGUAUUUAUUUGGAGGGACACUUGUAAUUAAAAUCGGUCCGAGGGACAAAGUUAAUUUUUGAUUUAACACUGAGGGGCGCACCAAAACUUUGAUGUAUCCAGUGAGCUUCCAAAACCCUCCAAGCACUUCUUUUACACCAGUUAUUCUCAGUUUUAAUGUUACUUUUUACAUGUGACUGGUGUCGGGCCGUGUUUUCUGGCCAAUGUGGCUUGGCGGGCCGCACACAUAGGGUUUUCAUUCAUUUUCGUGGGACGCAAAAAAAAACGCUGUCGGGCCGCAUGCGUUCUCUGUCUUGUUUGAAGUUGAUAACUUAUUUUAAAUUAAGAAAAUAAAUUGUGAAAGCUUUUUGAAGGUUUUCCAAGAGUUUACCACAAUGUGUUUUUUUAAGAAUGUAGAUAUAAAAUUCAAAUGUACCAUUUUUUUUUUUUUUUUACAUUCAGCGCAUUUAAACAGCAUUAAAUAAGCCCCUGUGCAAUAUAAAUACUUUCUUGUUGCAACAUUUUGGUAAUUUCAGUAAUGUAUCUUGGAAGCAUUUGAAUUAAAUUUGACAUUUGCAAGUUAAAGUAAGUGUCAUAAAUGUA